AUCAGUGGGUAUCUGAUAUUGUGGGGGGGGACAACGGUGGUGGAAGUGAGCAUGGCUAGAGACUGUAUAUCCAGAGGCUAGGGUUUGUAUCACGGGCUGCUCUCGACUGUUAUAAUUUGUGGCACAGAUUCAGCGAGAAUCUGAUCUGCUGAAAAUAUUUGGGCUGUGAAAACUCCCACACUGUGACAGAUGUCAAGUCCAAUUAAGUGACUCGUGUCCGGGUUUCUGUCCAAUAGGCUUUCCCAUUAAAUAUCAAUUUAAGAGGGAAAAAAUGCCGCCCCCUUUUCUCCGAGCCUUUAUCUUUUCCGACCAUCUCGAUGCUAAACCCUUUGGUACCAGGAGCGGAUCCGCAUGCAUCUCCGCUCUGUCCGUCUGCCUGCCACCUUCCGCACACCUCCUUGGCUUCUUUGCCACUCCGCGAGGGGUGGGAGGAGGAACUGCACUUUCUUUUUGUGCGAGUGAGCAUACCUUUUCCUGCACCGACGUUCCCCCUCGCAGCCGCUCCGAGCCCGCUCCGAGAUUUGCGUUUAUUUCGUUUUGAUUUUUCUUUCCAACGUUCGCAUUUCGCUUUUUCUAUUCUCCCUCGAGAGAUGCAGGAGGAGUUAGGAAGCUCAGGGACGGAUGGGGGUUUCGUUUAUCCUUUUUUCCCUCCCCUUCGGCAGCUCUUGAAGGACCAGAAGAAAAACUAAACCAAACAUUUUAUUUCCCGACGGCCUCUCCCCUUUCUCCUACCCCUCUCUCCGUGGAUUAACAAAACCGCACGUUGCACCCCGAAUAAUAACACUAGAGAAGAAAAGGAGGGAGCAACGCAUUGUUACCGGGGCCGCGGCCGAACAAAGCCGGCAACGCCGCGCCGGGCUCCGCGCAGCGCGGAGCGGUCCCCCGUUUUCCGUGCUCGGGGGUUCCGCGCCGGGCCCGGCCCGCGAGCUGCGGCGGGGGGGCAGAGGGGAAGGAGAGCCCGAGGGGGCGGGAGAGAGGGAAUAACCCCUGCUGGUGCUGUCGCCGCAUCCCUUUUGUUACUUAUCGCGAUUGGGGAACAGGAGGAAAGAAGAGCGGGGGAACCGGCACUUCCCGGCGCAGUUCCCCCCAAAAUAUAACCCCGACUGGCAGCAGCUGCCGGUGCUGCUCCGAAUUAGCGGGCGGAGGCAGACUUCGAUGGGGGAAACGCUUUUUCUUCCCUGAUGCAUCGGUCAUUUGAACUGUAAAGGAAUCGGCGAGGGGGCGAGGGGACCCGGAGAGAGAGGCUGUCCGAACCGCUCCGCCGAGGCUCCUCCUCCGCCCCCUCCAAGAUGAUGCUUAGCCCUGACCAAGCUGCCGACUCCGAUCAUCCCUCCUCGGCUCCCUCCGACCCGGAGUCCCUCGGCGGCGCGGACCCCCAGCCGCUCAGCUGCUGCGUCUCCGACCCGGAGCCCGCCGAGGGCGGCGGCGGCGGCAGCGAGGGCCGGGGCGGCGGCGGCGUCGGGGAGGGCCGGGUCGGGGGCCGGCCAGGGCUGCACCCUCCGCCGCUGAGCCGGGAGGAGAAGCGACGGCGGCGCCGCGCCACGGCCAAGUACCGGUCUGCGCACGCCACUCGUGAGCGGAUCCGAGUGGAGGCCUUCAACCUGGCCUUCGCCGAGCUCCGCAAGCUGCUGCCCACCCUGCCCCCCGACAAGAAGCUCUCCAAGAUCGAGAUCCUGCGCCUCGCCAUCUGCUACAUCUCCUAUCUCAACCACGUCCUCGACGUGUAGCGCCCGCCCGCCCGCCCCGACGGACCCCCGGAGCCCCGGGACACUCCCCCACCUUUCUCCCCGGGGCUUCUCCCUCCCGGUGCGGUGCAGCCGACGGAGACCCCCCUCCUCCCCUCUCCCGUUUAUCGACGAGAAGUGUAAAACCGGAUUGUUUCUUCAGGCUGUCAAGUGCCCCUUUAUAUAUAUAUCCAAAAAAAAACACAUCUACUUGUGACCUUAAACGUGUGACCCAUGGGUGCAGUUAAAAAUAACUAUUUUUUAUUUAUGGUAGAAGGAGUCGACAAUUUAUUUUUUUCCAAGAUUUAUUUAUUUUUCAGAGUGGUGGCGGUUUUACUUUGGAUACUUUGUGCCAAUUCGUUUCUAUAGUCGGGUGUUUACACUUUCUCCGUGUGGAACGUUAUGUUUAACUUUAUGAGUGUUUGUUGGGAUGGAUACAGUGUUCCUUUUCCUUUAUUUAUUUAUUCUUUUAAAUUCAUUUUCCCUCCUCCAAUUAUAUUGCACUUGUGUACGACAAACCUCCCCUGUUUAUAUUUUAUAUAUAUCAAGGCAUUUGUUCUUGACCUUCCCCCCCCCCCCCUUUCUUUUCUCGUGUGGUAUGGACAACCACUAGCACUUAACUAGGAGAGGGUUUUUUAAACACUUGUUGUUCUUCUGAUCUAUACUUACGUCUGGAAAGUACUUUGCAAAUCGUUUAUAAGGAAAGUAGUAUCUUUGUGAGGUGUAUAUGUGCGUGUGCGUGUGUGUGUACAUGCAUGUGUGGGGGAGUGAGCGCCGGUGUGUAUGUGGGAUGGUAUAUUUUUAGGAAAGGACCUUUUUCCUAAAGAAAAAACUAGAAAAAAAAUAGAAAGAAAAAGUAAAUCCAGGACUGCUUUCCUUUGUGACAACCAAAAAAAAAAAGAUAUUCUAUAACCUGAAGAUGUUUCAUGUUCUUUGCUGUGAAUCUCUUAAAACAGGAAGCGCAUUUGAGGGGACGAAAGAGAAAAAGAGAGUGAAAAAUAAAAAACAAACCACAUCUGCUAUCCAAAGAUUUUAGUCUUUUUCAGGGUUUUUUUGUGUGUCUCUGUUGCUUUAUAUAAUGCAAUAUUUUGUAGUGAAAAUAGAAAAAUCUGGUUUCUAUCUGAUGCGUUUUUCAUAUCUCUCAUGAAUGGUGAGCUGUUUUGCAUAUAAAUAAAAGUAUCAAAUAAAAGCUGUUUUUUCCUAA